UUCACCGCGUUUAAAGGACCGUAACUGAAUUCGCGAAUCGACAAAACGGUCCAAUAUAAUCAAACAUUUGACGCCAUUCCUUCCAGUAAGAUGAAGAAGGCGUGCUUGCUGUGCCUACUCGUUUGCUUAAGCACUGUAAAUGCCUUAACAAGAAAACAGGAGGCUGCCGAGCAAAGUCGUCGUAAAGCAUCGUUGCCAACUCAAAGAAAGGAACAACUUGGUAAGGAGGAGCAAGAAAAAUACGAGGACGAGGACGAGGACGAAGUUUCGGAUCAAUGUCCUGAGCCAAACGGUUUCUUUUCCGACGCUGAACAAUGCGACAAGUACUAUGAUUGCAGAGAUGGCAAAUUUACGGAGAAACUUUGUCCCGAUGGUCUCGUAUUCAACGACUUUAGUCCGCUACACGAAAAAUGUGAUUUACCUUUUGGAAUUGAUUGUUCCAAGAGACCAGCAUUACAAAAACCUCAAGCAUCGCCGCACUGUCCACGCAUGCACGGAUAUUUCGCACACGAGGAUUCGAGAAUCUGCGACACUUUCUAUUACUGCGUCGAAGGGAAAUUCAACAUGAUUACGUGUCCCGACGGAUUAGUAUUUUCCGAGAAAACUGGAAUAUGUAAUUGGCCUGACGAAGCACAAAAGAAGGGCUGCGGAUCUAGGGAAUUAUUUAAUUUCACAUGUCCGAAAGUUGACGAUUCGGUUGCAGCAACUCAUCCGAGAUACCCUGACACCGAAGAUUGUCAAUAUUUUUAUGUAUGCGUUAAUGGUGAAAUACCAAGGAGAAGCGGAUGUAAACUUGGUCAAGCAUUUGACGAACGAACUGGAAAAUGCGAUUGGGCUAGAAAAAUUCCCGAAUGUAAGGACUGGUACAAGGAUCAAUUAACCGAUGAACAAUUAGAUGCAUUAGAAAAUCCGCCACCAAAACCAAAAGCAACUGGUGGACCAAGUAGAAGAAAAGGAGCUCGACCAGCUUAAAAGAAAAAAGAAAAAGCUUUUAUAGAUUCUUAAGAUCUUUUACAAAUUGAAAAUUGUCAUCUACAAUA